CUCUACUGGCUGGCUGCGCUUCCUGUAGUGGCCGGUCUUUGCGCCGACUUCCGCUACCGGGUGGCGGUUGCGUCCUGAAAGAGGGUCACGGAGCGGACAGAGUUGCCAGCUUUGAAGCUGUGUUCUUGGCACUAUCGUGUUCCAGUCAAUUCUCCUAAAAAUUAAGGACGUUAACCUGUUCUUUACAGUCAGGUAUGGGGCAUGGAAGUGAACAUGGCCAUGGGCAUGGCCAUGGCAAAAUGGAACUCCCUGACUACAGGCAAUGGAAAGUAGAGGGUACUCCACUAGAGAAGGUCCAGGAAAUGCUAGCUAAGCGGGGUCUGAGGGAUCCAUGGGCUCGUAACGAAGCCUGGAGAUACAUGGGUGGCUUUGCAAAACCUGUCACUUUAACAGAAGUCUUCACUAGGGGACUCAAGUGGGGAUUCGCAGCUUUUGUCAUAGCUCUUGGCAUUGAAUAUACACUGUUCCCUCCAAAGAAGAAUGGAGGCCAUCACUGAAGAUCAAAUAUGACAGGUUAUUAUUUACUCAUUACUAAGCUGAAAUGCAUGUAAAAGCAAUGCUUACUCUGUACUUAUAAUAUGGAUAUUAAAGUCUACCACAGGCAAAA